CCUAAGAUGGGCACCCUUUUGUCAAACGUAACUGGCAAACUUUUGUCCUUGCACUUCUUUAAAAAAAAAAAAAAAAAAAAAAAUUCCAAUGUAAAAUAUGGUUGUGGCUAACUCAGAAAAUGCCCAGAGUCAAAGUAUGUGGGAUUUCAGAUAAAUCCAGCGAGACACUUCCCGAACAUGUAAUGAUUCCCGCCCAUGUAAUGAUUCGUUAGUUAGUCUGAAUGAGUGAUUUUGCCAGUCAACUCAUGUGUAUUUGUAUAAAACAUGCUACCCAUUCAGGCCUCAUUUCUUCAACCAUACAGAACAAUGAAAUCCACAUGGGGACAAUGUAAUAAACCACUAAUUACAAAUGGUGGUUUUCUUAUUUAGUGGGGAUAAGGUGGGGGCGUGAAGAAAACCUUUUGCUCGCUUUUUACUUUAAAUUAAACUUUAUUGUAAUUAUGCAGAGUAGUGGAACAAAGACAUUGAAACACAGUUAGCAUCUAAUCAGAAGUUCAAGAAGUUGCUUUAUUUAGAUAAUGUCUGAAUAAUGUCUAUCUGUGAAGCCACUGUUUUGCCGGUCGGCCAUCUCAUCCCGCCCUGUUCUGACACUCAUGAGAUGACAACAGGAGAGAGAGAGAUGGAGGGAGGAAGUGGAGGAGGCAGUGGCAGAGACCUACGUCAGCUAGCGCUCUACUCUCACUGGGAGCUACGCGCGUGGUGAGAGGCAGAGGUGAGGCGGGGUGAAAACGGUGUCGGGCGCUUACCUACACCAGACAUGCCCAGACUUCGUGCGCUGGUUGACGUGCUAAAAGGGCUCCAUCAGGGACAUGCUGUAGCGCUAGACUGAGCAGCAGUUAGAAAGCUGGGCUGAUCUGGUCACACGCUGGGAACAGGAAUUUCACCUGUGGGGGGGUGACUAUGACACAUAAUGGGUCGGUGGUGACCAACGGCACCUCCGCCAAGGGGCACGAGCUGAAGAUCGUGAUUGUGGGGGACGGGGGCUGCGGAAAGACCUCCCUGCUCAUGGUCUACGCCAAAGGAAACUUCCCAGAGAAAUAUGCCCCAUCUGUGUUUGAGAAGUAUGUCACCACAGUGUCUCUCGGUGGGAAGGAGAUUCAGCUCAACCUGUACGACACGGCAGGCCAAGAAGACUAUGAUCGCUUGAGGCCUCUGUCCUAUCAGAAUGCAGAUAUGGUGCUGGUGUGUUAUGAUGUGAUGAACCCAACCAGUUUUGACAAUGUCUUAAUUAAGUGGUACCCUGAGGUGCAUCACUUCUGCCGGGACGUUCCUCUAGUCCUGAUUGGAUGCAAGACGGACCUCAGGAAAGACAAGGAGCAAACCAGGAGGCUCAAAGCCUCUGGACUGGAUCCAAUCACCUACAUGCAGGGACAGGAGACGCAGCAGCAGAUUCACGCUGACGUCUAUCUGGAGUGCUCCGCCAAGUACCAGGACAACGUGGAGGACAUUUUCCGGGAGGCCACCAAGAGAGCGCUGGCUGCCCGCCGCAAGAACAAGCAGAGGAAGAAGAAAAUAUGUUCCAUCCUAUGACUGCAGAGUAAUGCAGAACCAUAAAGAGAACCAAAGGACAUGUUCUCAUGGCAAGAGCUCAACGUUUGACGAGGCACAGUCAAAUGCAUUCAUGUGCCUGUUGACACAUUGCGUGCCAUAAGUACUUACAUAGCUUAUUUUGUAGAGUAUAUUUUGAUAUAUAUGUCUCUCAGGAUUUUGUAUAAGAGAAAAUGUUGCCAUUUCCAUGGUGCCCUGUAGUGUUGUAAAACUCUGAGGUCCUAUAGUGUUUUGAUAUUGAGAUGUUCAGGCUUUUUGUGGUUGUAAGUAUGAAUCGAAUGUAAGUGCAGGAGAAGGUCACUUCUCUGUUCUCAGACCUCAGACUGUUGAGCUGCCCAGCCUUUCACCCUCACAGAAGACCUUAAAACAGAUAGCGAGGAAGAGGAGUGGUGAAGAUGAUGCAAACACAGAGAUGGAGCCUUCACCAGCCACAUGGGAACUCUGGGGUAUCUGCUGGGUCAGAUGUUUAAGCUGCUAGUACCAGAGACUGGUGUGGGAAAGUUACUGUACAAGACUCAUUACACUGAUGGGUCGGGUUCUCUGUAGGGUCAAACAUCUGUCAAACUGUUGGCAGUUAAAAGUGAUAGGUACAUGAAUCAUAGGAACUGU